CAGAAAGCUAUUUGAGUUGGGGCCUUGACGUCAGCAGCAUUUCUGAACAAUGAGCUUUUUAUUUCUUUGAACCGUUUCCCAAGCAGGUAAAGUGUUCAUAGAAAGAUUCGGUUUACGUGAUAACUACAUUUUUUGGUGUUCGAAAAGUGCGAGGGAAAAAAAAUGCCGGUGAACAAUAACAACCAGAAAGUAGUACCGAAUGCAGCUGCCCGGCUAAUCAAGCUACCCCUGGUUCGCUCAGCCUGUGCCACCCUGUCUGUCCUGUACAAGGAUGCUAAAAGCAGCAACCCCGGUCUGAGAUCCCUGUGCGAGGCGCUGGAGAGCGGUGUGAUCGCCCUGAGCACCGCGGCCUGUACCAGAGCCUCGCCGGUCAUUGUUAAACUGGAGCCACAGAUCUCCAUUGCAAAUGAUUUUGCCUGCAAGGGCCUUGACUGGCUGGAGACUUCAUUCCCUGUUCUUCUGUCCCCACCAGAUGAGGUUGUUGCUGCUGCCAAGAGCAAGGUAAACGGGAUUAGAGAUGUGGUGGGCAUUGCAGCCAGUGGGACAGUUGUGACAGUGCAACACACCGUCACCUGGGUGAUCAGCAGACUGCAUCAGGUAGACGGCAUUGAGAGCCAGUCAAUGGUGGAGCGAGCCAUCAGCAUGGCCAGUAUGGGAUUGGACUCGGCUCUGACUGUGUCAGAGGCUUUGGUGGACCAGGUGCUCCCACCGCCAGAAGAGGGGAGAAUAGAAGAAGAAACCCAUUUGGUGGAGGGUUUUGAAGCUUCUGUCCGCUCAGGAAGUUAUUCUGUGCGCAUGAUGAAACUCACUGCUAAAGUGUGUUGGAGGACCUACCACAUGGUUGGCUCAAAAAUCCACUUUGUUCAGAUCACGGAGAGUUUAUCCAGACCCACCAUUCUGGUUCAGGACCUUCAGACGAGCUGUCAGACUCUGGUGUGGAGCCUCCAGGGGAUACCCCAAUACUUUCAGCAUCGGGCAGUUUCUGUGUUUCUCAUCUUCAGCCAGAUGUGUAACCUCAGCAGUCCAUCAUCCCGUCAGGAACAGACUCGACGCAGAAGUCGCUUCAGAGCUGCUGAAGGUUCACCACUCUCCAAGGAACUGGCCCGCUCACAGAGUACACCAGCUUUACGAAUGAGGCCCACCAAGACAUCUGUGCUUGAGAAUGGCUGUGUUGUGAAAGGAUGUGUUCGUCGUUAGUUUUGACUUUUUGAUUCUGGAUUUAAACAAUAUAACAAUGUAUUAAAAGAUUUGAAGCUUCACGAAACUUGA